GUCAGUGUCAUUUGGUCAGCUGAUUGCGGGUCGUAAAGCCUCUGGGAUAGCCAGUUUAGUUAGCCUAGCUUGGCUGGAUGUUUGUUUUUGUUAACGUUGGUUCAAAGGUGGCCUUUAACGUAGCCGUGACGUUUUAAAAAGCUGUAGCAAUUUACGGCAUUUCAAGCGCCGCUGCCUGCCUUUUUUUGCGGCUGUUAGCCUAGCAGCGGUUAGAGUGGCCGUGAGGAAGGGAGUGAAGUUGCUCUCCGAGUCUCUGCAUUGCAGCUCCGGGUGCUGCUGAUGGAAUUCAAACACACAACAAUGGCGACUCCCAGCCCUAACAACCCAACAACACCCAGCAGCAACAACGCAGGAGCACACCAGCAGCACCAGUCCCAGUCCCAGCACAUUACCACCAUGAGCAGCAUGCAGGAGUCCAACACCUGCUGGAGAUGUCAGAGUGAAACAGGAGGUUGGGAUGCAUUUAAUCAUCUACCCAGUCCUUGUGUCGCCUCAUUUCAUGGUAAACGUAAAGCCCUGAAGCUGAACUUUGCCAAUCCUCCCAUCAAACCCAUGACUAGAUUCACACUGAACACGGCCGGGCCGCCCUUCCAGAACCCUCACAUAGAGAGGCUGAGGACACACAGCAUCGAGUCCUCGGGAAAAUUGAAGAUCUCCCCAGAGCAGCACUGGGACUUCACAGCCGAAGAUCUCAAAGAUCUGGGCGAGAUCGGCCGAGGAGCUUACGGCUCCGUCAACAAGAUGGUGCACAAGCCGAGUAACCAGAUCAUGGCGGUCAAGAGGAUUCGAUCGACAGUCGACGAGAGAGAACAGAAGCAGCUGCUGAUGGACUUGGACGUGGUUAUGAGAAGUAGUGAUUGUCCUUACAUCGUGCAGUUUUACGGUGCUCUGUUCAGAGAGGGGGACUGCUGGAUUUGUAUGGAACUUAUGGCUACCUCGUUAGACAAAUUUUACAAGUUUGUAUAUGGCUCGUUAGAUGAUGUGAUUCCAGAAGAAAUAUUAGGAAAAAUAACUUUAGCUACUGUGAAGGCGCUUAACCACUUAAAAGAAAACUUGAAAAUUAUACACAGAGACAUUAAGCCGUCAAACAUCCUCCUGGACAGGAACGGCAACAUAAAGCUGUGUGACUUCGGCAUCAGCGGUCAGCUGGUGGACUCCAUCGCCAAAACCAGAGAUGCCGGUUGCAGACCGUACAUGGCGCCCGAGAGAAUAGACCCCAGCGCAUCCCGGCAAGGUUACGAUGUCCGCUCAGAUGUCUGGAGUUUGGGAAUCACACUGUAUGAGCUGGCCACGGGACGGUUUCCCUACCCAAAAUGGAACAGUGUGUUUGAUCAGCUGACCCAGGUGGUGAGAGGAGACCCGCCGCAACUCAGCAACUCGGAGGAGAGGCGCUUCUCCCCCAAAUUCAUCGCCUUUGUCAAUGUGUGCCUUACAAAGGAUGAAUCAAAAAGGCCAAAGUACAAAGAGCUGCUGAGAGAUCCGUUCAUUCAGAUGUACGAGGAGCGCUCAGUCGACGUAGCCGGUUACGUCUGCAGGAUCAUGGAUCAGAUGCCGGCCUCUCCCAGCUCCCCCAUGUAUAUGGACUGAUAGCAAGAUGAAACAGGAACUCAUCCAUAAAUAUAAACCACUCUGCAACGACAGCAUCAAAAAGAGAUAACUAAGUAAUUUAAAAAAAAAAAAAAAAAAAAAGUCCUUGUGUAAAUUUGCUCGGUCCCGUUAUUGCAGUGUUAAAAAGAGAAUUGUAAAGCCUAAAAGAAAAAAGAAAAAAAAAGCACCACGUGCAGUAAAAGUGGUGUCCUUUCAGUCAUUUCUGUAUAUUAACACACUUCUGUUUCUUUCUUGUUCACAAACGCACAGACGCACAGUCACCUAAAUAUUAAUAGCAGCUGAAUCAAUCAAUCAUGACUCAUCCUGAUCAGGAUACAUCUCAGUGAUUUAGUAACAGUGAUUUAAAGACAGGAAAAAAAACCCUGGAACUUGUAUUUAUAGAACCAAAAAUCAUGGAGACUCUUCGACAUACUGGAAUUAUGCUCUUUGUGAAAUGUUCCCACCUCUUCAUGUAACGAAAGCAUCGUGUUUGGUAUCUUAAUGGAACUGUGCUUCUCUGGGUAUAAAGCAGUUGGUAGUCAGAGUCAUGUUGGACCCGCAGUCCAUUCAGUGCUUGCUGUGCAGUGGACUCUAAGCUGAUUUAUGAAUAAAGAGAGAGAAGGUUAAA